ACAAAAAUGUGUCAGAGCUCAUUUGACUGCAGCCUUAUAGAACACUGAUGUAGUGCCAAUGCUGAGGGAUUAACCAAUCAAGGGAACAUGUGCGUAUCUAUGAUAACAGGAUGCCCCACUGAUCACCCCGAAUGGACCAUAGGACCUUUACUACCUCUUGUGUUACUUGUGAUAUUCAUCUGCUUCCUGGUUAUUUUCAAGGUUCUGGAAAAUCAAACUGACCAACAGCAGGUAAGCUUUACUACCAAAUUAUCUGCUGAAGAGGUCCAAGGAAGAGCAGAACAAGUAUCAAACUCUUCUACCGCAAGAGAAAUAUCAACAAAUCCAGCUACAAAACUUGAUAAAUCAUGCGUGCAUCCUGAAUUUAAUCUCGAUGAAGAAGAAAAGGCUUUCUUAAGAGACCCAUUAAUUCCUGAUAAAGUCUAAUUUAUCAUCUUAUAGCCUAAAUAAACUUUAG